GUUGCUUCAUUUCAUCAUACCCCUAAACCAAACAGACCCUCCACAUUCUCUCUCACUCUUCUCUCUGCUUCCCGUCCAUCGAACCCACUUUCGCUCACAUUCUUUCUUUGUUCCAGAUUUCGCAUCGAUCUCUUCCUCGCGAUCUUCGUCGACGUUAAGCUGGACAUGGGCAUCGCUGUGCUGGGGAAUGACUGACAGUGGCAGAGUCUUCGAGACAAGAAUGAUACGAGUAUAGGAAGAGACAAAAGUUUGCAAUGAUCUUGAAAAACCUCUCCGUAGCAUUGCUCUGCUAUCAGUGGGUGAAAAAACCAAAAAAGCUUCCUAUUGAGUGAACUUGAUUUACAUUGGCUGCCUGUAGAUUGAGGAUUCAACUGCUAUAUUAGAGCUUUAAGGGAUGGCGACUUCGAAUGGUGGAUAUCUUCAUGCCAACAGCAGUCCUCCCGUCCCCGCGCCGACUCUCCUUCCUCCAUGGCUCUCCAACUCCAGUGAGAAUCCCACCCUCAUGCCGUCCUCUCCAUCCGUCACCCUGAGCCUCUCUCCUUCGACUGUCCCCGCCACUCCGAUCCCUUGGCUCCAACCCCAUGCCUCCUCUUUGGCUCUAGCCAACUCCCUCUCCCGCGGGCCUGGCCCCGCCUCUGGAGAGAACGCUCUGUUCUCCGAGCUCGUGGAGUGCUCGAGGGAGCUCGAGGAAGUGCAGCGCAACAUGGCGGCACACAGGAAGGAGGCGGCGUGGGGGAUGAGGAGGGCGGAGAUGCAGCUGGAGUCGGAGCGGGCCCGGCGGAGGAGGGAGAAACUGGAGGAGAUCGAGGCGAAGAUCAGCGCCCUCAGGGAGGAGCAGAAGGUGAGCUUGGAGAGGAUCGAGGCAGAGUACCGGGAGCAGCUGGCGGGGCUCCGGAGGGACGCCGAGGCUAAGGAGCAGAAGUUGGCGGACCAGUGGGCUUCCAAGCAUGUCCGGCUCUCAAAAUUCGUCGAGCAAAUCGGGUACCGACCGAGGGUCGCUGAGCCGAGCGGGCGCUGAGGAAAAUCUAAGUACAUCUUGCUUGCUUACCUGCAAUAACCCUCCUUCUCUUUCUCUGCCAAAGACUUGUUUGAUUGUAAUCGUGAUGGGGUGAAGAAUUUUCAGGAUCAUGCCAAAUCCUUUCUUUUUGGCUUUGAAUCAUUGAAGCUGAUGUCCUGUCCUGACUUCAUGUAUGAACCUGAGCUUUGGUUUUUCCUCGAC